GUCGCAGAGCUGACGUCUCCACCCCUGCUUGACGACGGCCCCGUGGUGGCGACGGCCGCUGCGCGCAGUCUGCCGUCCACCUCAGAGAGCGGGCAGCCGCAGGCGCAUUCCCUGCACCCCGUCAAGCUCAGCCCCCAGAAACAGUCUGGGCCCGCAGCGGCUGACACAGCGCCCCCGCCGCCCCUGGUUGUGGCGCCUAGCCUGCCUCAGGUGGCCGCGGGUCGGCUGGCCGUAGGGCAGGACCAGCAGGCGGAGGGCACUACGGAACGCAUAGAGCAGCAGGAUCACAAUGAGCAGCACCAGCAGCAGCAGCAGCAGCAGCAGCCAGCGGCGGCCAAGCCUCUGAAGAAGAGGCGCCUGGCAGAUAUCGCAGCAAAACAGCUCGGACGGCAGCUUUAG